AUGAGUGUAGGUCCAGAGUUGAGUGUCAUGUAUCACCACAACAGCCAGCAAUAUUACAAUUCUUCGCCACUUAUUAUAGCUCAACAUCAGCAGUAUCGAAUCCAACAGGAACAAAGCCAACAAUACCAUCAGCCAAGAAGCCCAUUUUAUGAUCAAAUGAUAAAUGACCAGCAUAACAAACAACAACAACAACAACAACAACAGCAAAAUAAACAGCAACAUUCUCUUUCUCCACCUUUAUCAGUCGCAUCCUCUUCCUCCACAUCCUCAGGGUCAUUCUACUCUAGCCUCUCAUCCUCUCCGCCAUAUGCUAGCAACGCAUUUCAAAUUCAUGCUAGCACACUCUCCAAUGCUAUCUCUCAAAUGCGUAUAAAGAAGAAACUGCCUGCCACACUCAAUGCCUCUCAAACGACUCUCUACGCCACGCACCAGCAAUCCCAAUCUACCAAGACCAGUGCUGCCUCGUGGAACUUUACAUGGCUUGUAUUUAUGAACGAGAAAUGGGUUCCAUUCGAUAUACUGAACCAAACGAAGCUUGAGCAAACAUUGACAGUCGGAGGAACAUUUGUGGACAUCAAUGAUAGCCACUUUCCUGAUGUAAAAAGAGUGCGAGUGUUUCCCAAAAGCAAUUAUCUUAGUUAUCUCGGCGUCAAAUAUCGGUUGUCUCGGAUCAUGCAACCGGAUGCUUAUUUAGAUCAUGUGGGUGUUGCUGAAGCAAGGAAACCUAGCUCUUUGCCAAUGCUCCCAUCACCAUCAUCACCAACAGCAGACGAAGGUGGUGAUAGCCGUAUUCAAAGAGCAUGGGAAAUGUGA